AUGAACAUGGAGAGCCACACUCUGCUGCCAUCAAGUGCAGUCAUGCAAAAGGCAAUGCACGAAUACAUCCAAGGCCUCAACCCGAAACUCAGAGCCUUGAACUUAUUCAUCCACUCAAAUCCAGAGCUGGCGUACCAAGAACACAAAGCCCACGACGCUAUCUGUGACUUUCUCGACGAACUCGGCUACUCAGUGAGGCGACAUGCCUACGGCCUAGCAACAGCUUUCGAAGUAAUGAGCGGGACCGGCAGGAGGACUGUCAACUUCAACGCGGAGUACGAUGCACUGCCAGAUAUUGGUCAUGCUUGCGGCCAUAACUUGAUCGCCACGGCCGCCGUGACUGGUUUCAUUGCUCUUUCUCAUGUACUGAAGCAUUUCAACAUCGAAGGCCGGGUGCAGCUUCUAGGCACGCCAGCAGAGGAAGAUGGCGGUGGGAAGAUUGAUCUUCUCAAAGCGGGAGCGUACGAACAUGUGGAUGUCUCGCUGAUGGUGCAUCCGAUGUCAGAUGCCGAUUACACGCCGCAAGGAGUCUUAGGUUCUGCAGGGUUUCUCUCUGGCACAUCGUACAGCUUGCUAGGAACAUACACUGGUGUCGGUGCUCAUGCAGGUGCCUCUCCGUGGGAAGGCGUGAACGCACUGGACGCUGUGGUCUCAGCAUACAAUAACGUUUCAAUGCUGCGGCAACAGAUUCGGCCAGCAGAAAGAAUCCAUGGAGCUAUUGUUGGUGCUCCGAAGGCCAAUAGUAAUGCCAUCCCAGCCUUGACAAAGAUCGAGUAUACCGCGAGAAGCACUACCAUCCGGGCCGCCAAGAAUCUCGCAGACAGGGUGGGUCGGUGUAUGAAGGCUGGUGCGAUGGCCACCGGCUGCAAGCUGAAGAUCGAAGAAAAACCUGGCUACGCCGACCUGCGCAUGAAUCAGCCCCUGUGCGGUAUGUUCCAACAAUACAUGGAUUCCAAUGGUAUUCGAAUACUCGAGUCUGAAGGCUAUAUUGCUGCCGCGACGGACCAGGGAAAUGUUUCAUAUGCUUUACCUGCCCUACAUGGUGUCAUUGGCAUUCCAGUAGAGGAUGGAUUUAAGAACCACACCCCGGGUUUUACCAAGGCGGCUGGGACCAUGGAGGCGCACAAUCGAAUAGUGAUAUCUGGAAAGGCAAUGGCUAUGACUGGCUGGGAGGUCCUUUCUGAUGACAGAUUGUAUCAGAUGGCCAAAAAUGCCUUCGAGAAAGAUAAAGCCUCCCGGUAG